AUGAAAAAAUUUUUUAUUAGUAAAUUUAUACUGCAAGAAAAAUUCAGACUUGGUACAUUGAUAGAAGACAAACUUGUGAAGAAUGAAACUAUGAAAAAUGAAUCUGUAAAAAUUAUAUACAUGAAAACCAAGCAUGUAGAAAGUGAAGCUUUCAAAUUUUUGAAAGAUAAGUCUAAAGAAAAUAAAUGUGUAGAAGUCGAACUUAUGAAAAAUAAAUCUGUGGAAGGUGGUGAUAUGGAAGUUGAGCUUGUUGAUAUAAAAGGUAAAGUUAGUGAAGCUGUAGAAGGUGAAAAUAUAGAAGGUGAAAAUAUGGAAAAUGAAACUAAAAAAAUUAAUCAAGGCUCUAUAACUCUUGAAGGCAAUAGCGAAAUUAAUACACCUGUUUUUAAGUUGGAGUUGGAAGGUCUUAAUCUUACAAAGCAUUAUAUAAAUCAACCUAUAGAAUUAUCUGUUGGAAUACGAUUUAAUUUUUGGGCAAUUGCAGAUCACUACUUAAAGAAUAAAAUAUUUACAGCAGGCAUGCAAUCUACCUUAUGUAUUGAAUCAAUUAAUGCUAUUAUUCAUAAAGCAGUUGCUUCUAGCUCUAGUAUGUCAGAUGUAAUUGAAGCUUUAGAGCUUCAUAUACAAAAGAAAGAAUUAAAUAAAAAUUAUGGUCAUUUAAUGGGUCAUUUUAAGGAAGCAUUAAGCUACUCAAUAGAAGAUGAUGAUCAAAAUGCUUUAAAUGAACUUAUCUUAGACUACAUUGCUAAAAAAGAAGAAAUUCAAAAUGAUAAAGGUAGACAUCCAAAUAAAUGGUUAAAAGCUUUUAAUGAAGAAACAAAUAAAGUUAGUAGUAAUAAAAAACAACAAGCAUCUUAUGAUACUACUAACAAUAAUAGUGAAACUAGAUGUAGAUUAAGAUCACAUUAUAAAUCAGGCUAUUAUGCUCCUAAAUAUCCUAAUAAGAAAAAUGCAAU